CUUUACAAUAACAGAUGAAUAAAUUAAGCCAAGAUAAAAACUAGCAAACAUUGUAAUUUGAAGAAAUUACAUCAUUAAUUUAUAAAAUAACUGAUAGACAGUCAAAGUUCGCAGAUCUUCAUAAUUAAAUUGAGGAAAGCAUCUAGAAAAUAAUAAGUGUGAGCUAGAAAUAAUAUGAAAAAGCAAUGAAAAAAAAACAUAGAGAACUUAGAUAAAUUGUAUAAGAUCAUGAAGAAAGAAUAAAAAAAAUUAGAGAGGAAUAUCUAAUUUCUUAAAAUAACUCAAAUUUAGAAUUAAGUUCAAAAAAAUAAGAUUAUGUACAGAUUUUAGAAUCACUUUACCAUGAAUAUUCACAAUUUAUAGCAUUUUUUGAUCAUGAUCAACAAGCUGAAAAUAAUAAUCAUAUAAUGACAAUUUAUGAAGUAUUAAUAGAUAGUUAAGUGUUUCAUGAAGAUUAAAGAUUGAAUGAAACUUUAUUGACUGAAUAUUUAAGUAAACAAAAAAUGAAUAAAAUUUAAUCUCUUCAUGCUUCUCUUAAGUUAAUAAUUUCUUAAUUAUAAAAAAUAGAAGAAAACUUUCAAUUCUAAAAAAACAACAGUAAAAAAGAAAAAUAUCUACAUUCUCUAAAUGAAAGAUUGAAAGCAUUCAUUAAAAACCUUAAAUAUGGUUUAUCUUAAUUAGAUAAGCAUUUAAAUUUAAUAUUAGAAAGUAAUGAAGCAUUAAAAGAAUAAGAUGUAAGAAUUGAAUCUAAUUUAAAUUUAAUCAAUUCAAUUUUAAAGAAUCAUUAAGAUAAAAAGUUAGCAGAAAAUGAAGAUUUAAAAAAAACAAAUGAAAAUCUGGUAAAAAUAAUUAAUAGGUUAUCAGAAAUCAAUUACAAAUUAAAAUUAUAAUAAAAACAGAAUUAUGAAGAUGUAUAAUAAUUAAUGGAAUUAUACUAUAUUUAAAAUGAUAAAGCACCCUCUCUAUAGCCAUUAGCUAGAAAGAGUACAAUAAAAUUAACUAAACCAAUAUCUUAUUAACGAUCCAGAAUAUAUUCUGAAACAAAAAAAGAAGUUCCUUUUGAUUAAUCAUCUAGAACUUCUUUUAAAGAUACAAAUAAUAUUGAAUCAUAAGUUCUUUAUCAAUCUCCUCUUUUAAUUUAACCUUCAUUAGUCCCUCAACCUACUAUAUCAGAUGUAUCUCUCUUUACUUCUGGAUAAAGUCUCAACAAAAUGAAAACUUAGAAAUAUUUUGAUAAAUAAUGGACUUAAAAACAUCCUACUAUUGUUGAUAAAAAAACUGCUAUUCCAAUUAAAUGUUAAUGUCCUCCUUAAUGUUCCUGUUAAGCUUUACUAAUUAUUUAGGUUCAUAGUUGCAAUAAACAAUUAUAUAUCAACUCAAUAGGUUAACUUCUAUGUUAAUAAUGCAUUUUCACAUAAAAUAUUUCAGAUUAUAAUUUCUAUUGUCCUCAUACUAGAACAAAAAAUAAAUUUAAAAGUAGUAAAGAUUUCUUAGAAGCAUUUUGGUAACACAUUAAAACAUUGACAAUCAAUUAAUAAAUUGUUGACUUUUGGAAUCAUUUAUAAUUAAAUUGUCAAUAAAUGUUUUAAACAAAUCUAUUUAAUACCAAUCAAACCAAUAAUCUUAUUAAUUUUGUUGGAUUCUGUCCUUCUUAAUGCAAAUGUACUAAAAGAGAGAGUAGAUAACAAUAUCAUUUAUGUUAAAACUAUCUCUAUAUCACAUCUGAUGGUCUUAUUCAUUGUAAAAAGUGUAAUUUUUUUGGUGAUCCUAAAUAACAUUUUUCCUAUUGUCCUGAUACAUAAACAUUCAAUAUUUAUAGAAGUGGAGAAGAAUUUAUUUAAUCUUUAGAUUUUAUACUAGACUCUGGAAAUUAAUAAUAGUUAAACACUUAAUUUCUUAAAUAAAUACGAUCAAAGAUUUUUUCUGUUCCAUGGGAAUGA